AUGUCAUCAACUCCCAAAAUCUGCGACUGGAACGACUUGCCUCCAGAGGUAUGGGGCGAGAUAUGCCAAAACCUGCCAAAGCCGAGACUGCUCCGGCUUCGGCUCGUGUGCAGCAAGCUCAGCGCCAUUGGUUUACCCUGGGUAUACAGAAGCAUACGCCUUGAAGCCUGUGGUGAUUCGGCCGAGAGAUUCACCCUCAUCGCCAAGAACUCCAGGCUUCGCAGCCUGGUACGAGAGGUCACGGUAGAGGCCUGGGGCGAUCACGGUGACAAUCGAGACCCAAACGGUCCUUGGCAGAUAUCCUGGGGUUUUGUCAACGCCCUGCCCUAUCUGCACUACUUCACCAACGUCACUGCACUUCAUGUCCGCUUUCACGAAUCAUUGGGAGGUUCCUACCUUGCCCCGGUGGCUUACGAUUUUGAACAUACAGGGCUCUUCCGAUUCAGAGUCAUGGAAACGAUAUGCCACUGUGUCAUGGGCAUGUGGACACCCCAGAUACAAGUCAAGAUUGAUGAAACAGGACAGUUCAAUCAAUUUUUCAACGACGAACAUCCCCUUGAGUAUAUCGAUGACCAGGAAAUCCCCCUCGGCCACGUCAUGCCACUCCGGGAGCUCACCAUUUCCAAUCUCUCACCUUAUAAAGAUCUUUUCGCCGAGGAGUCGGGAGUGUUGAAAAAGAUGUUGUCUCUACCAAGUCUCGUCGACCUCAAACUCUUGAUUACUUCUGGCGGUCGUCCUGAUCGUGAUAGAUCCCGAUCACUGUUGGAAACUAGGAUGCUCCAGACGUUUCCUGAGACGUGGAUGUUCCCCACCAUCGCCCAAAAUCUGCAGACACUUUCGCUCGUCUAUGGCGAAUACUGGGGUUUAUACCCCAAAAUCGACUUUCGCCAACUUGGCGAACCGCCACUUCCGAGACUCAAGGUCCUCGCCCUCAGAAACUACGUCCUUGGUCAAGCGUGGCAGGUUGACUGGAUCAGCUCGUUAGGUCAGGAGAAUGGUGGACUGCAAGAAUUGUAUCUUGACAAGUGCCCCAUCAUAGUCAAGUCCUGGCGUCGACAGCCCUUUGACGAUGGAGACAAUGAUGAUUCCGUCACCGAGACUUUCAGCGGACCUGAUCCUGGCCUUGGGGUCCGUGAAUACCAUUUGCGAUGGCAUAAUGUCCUUUCCCAGUGGGCAGAGUCCAUGAACGGGUUGAGGGAGUUUUGUAUGGGCGAGACCCCGGAGAAUUACGAUUCUUCCAGCCUCAUCCAAAACAUGAGUUGCGAUGAGGCUUACUACCGUGUUUCUGGUUACGCAAUGUCCCGACGCUACAAUGACAGGAAGCAUCAAGACUUCGCCUCCGAGAUAAUCACAAGCCCGAACAGGAGGCUGAAAUAUGCCAGACUCAACAUCAACAUGUUCCACGGCCAUUCAGGUUGGAAGCCUGCCCUUCAGGUGAAAAGCCCCGGGGAUGUUUCUGAGGGCGAUACGAAAAUAAGAGACGAAGCCGCGUAUGAGCAGCUUAUGUCGAGGGUCAAUCCGAGGCCUUUGGUGACGAGAGGUGCGCAGUGGGUCUAG